CACAAGCGAACCAGGCACCACCACCACCUCCACACCCCUCGUCCUCCUGCUCGGCCGGGGAAGCGAGCGAGCGAUCGAGCUCCACCGCGCGCGACCAUGGAGGCGGGCGCCGGGCUGGUGGCCGGCUCGCACAACCGGAACGAGCUGGUGCUGAUCCGGGGGCACGAGGACCACAAGCCGGCGCGGGCGCUGAGCGGGCAGGUGUGCGAGAUAUGCGGCGACGAGGUCGGCCGCACGGUGGCCGGCGACCUCUUCGUCGCCUGCAACGAGUGCGGCUUCCCGGUGUGCCGCCCCUGCUACGAGUACGAGCGCCGGGAGGGCACCCAGAACUGCCCCCAGUGCAAGACCCGCUACAAGCGCCUCAAGGGGAGCCCCCGGGUGGAGGGCGACGAGGACGAGGAGGACAUCGACGACCUCGAGCACGAGUUCAACAUCGACGACGACAAGCAGCUGCAGCAGCAUGGCGCCCUGCAGAACAGCCACAUCACCGAGGCCAUGCUCCACGGCAGGAUGAGCUACGGGAGGGCCUCCGAGGACGGCGGCGAGGGCAACACCACCCCCAUGGUCGGGAUCCCGCCCAUCAUCACCGGCAACCGCUCCAUGCCGGUGAGCGGCGAGUUCCCGAUGUCAGCAGGACAUGGCCAUGGCGACUUCUCCUCCUCCCUGCACAAGCGCAUCCACCCCUACCCAAUUUCCGAGCCAGGGAGCGCAAAGUGGGGGGACGAGAAGAAGGAGGUGAGCUGGAAGGAGAGGAUGGACGACUGGAAGUCCAAGCAGGGCGUCUACGGCGCCGCCGACCCGGACGACAUGGACGCCGACGUGCCCCUGAACGACGAGGCGAGGCAGCCGCUGUCCCGGAAGGUGUCGAUCGCGUCGAGCAAGGUGAACCCGUACCGGAUGGUGAUCAUCCUCCGCCUCUUCGUGCUCUGCGUCUUCCUCCGCUACCGCAUCCUCAACCCGGUCCCGGAGGCCAUCCCGCUGUGGCUCACCUCCAUCGUGUGCGAGAUCUGGUUCGCCGUCUCCUGGAUCCUCGACCAGUUCCCCAAGUGGUACCCCAUCGACCGCGAGACCUACCUGGACCGCCUCUCGCUGCGGUACGAGCGGGAGGGCGAGCCGUCGAUGCUGUCGCCGGUGGACCUGUUCGUCAGCACGGUGGACCCGCUCAAGGAGCCGCCGCUGGUGACGGCCAACACGGUGCUCUCCAUCCUCGCCGUCGACUACCCGGUGGACAAGGUGUCGUGCUACGUCUCCGACGACGGCGCCUCCAUGCUCUCCUUCGAGUCGCUGUCGGAGACGGCCGAGUUCGCCCGCAAGUGGGUGCCCUUCUGCAAGAAGUUCAGCAUCGAGCCCCGCGCCCCCGAGUUCUACUUCUCCCGCAAGGUCGACUACCUCAAGGACAAGGUCCAGCCCACCUUCGUCCAGGAGCGCCGCGCCAUGAAGAGGGAGUACGAGGAGUUCAAGGUGCGGAUCAACGCGCUGGUGUCCAAGGCGCAGAAGGUGCCGGACGAGGGGUGGAUCAUGAAGGACGGCACGCCGUGGCCCGGCAACAACACCCGCGACCACCCCGGCAUGAUCCAGGUCUUCCUGGGCCACAGCGGGGGCCUCGACACCGAGGGCAACGAGCUGCCGCGCCUCGUCUACGUCUCCCGUGAGAAGCGCCCCGGCUUCCAGCACCACAAGAAGGCCGGCGCCAUGAACGCUCUCAUCCGCGUCUCCGCCGUGCUGACCAACGCGCCCUUCAUGCUCAACCUGGACUGUGACCAUUACAUCAACAACAGCAAGGCCAUCCGGGAGUCCAUGUGCUUCCUCAUGGACCCUCAGGUCGGCCGCAAGGUCUGCUACGUGCAGUUCCCCCAGAGGUUCGACGGCAUCGACGCGCACGACCGAUACGCCAACAGGAACACCGUCUUCUUCGACAUCAACAUGAAGGGGCUGGACGGCAUCCAAGGGCCGGUGUACGUCGGAACAGGGUGCGUGUUCAGGCGACAGGCGCUCUACGGAUACAACCCUCCCAGCGGCCCCAAGAGGCCGAAGAUGGUGACCUGCGACUGCUGCCCGUGCUUCGGCCGCAAGAAGCGAAAGGGCGGCAAGGAUGGGCUGCCGGAGGGCGUGGCCGACGGAGGAAUGGACGGCGACAAGGAGCAGAUGAUGUCCCAGAUGAACUUCGAGAAGCGGUUCGGGCAGUCCGCGGCGUUCGUGACGUCGACGUUCAUGGAGGAAGGCGGCGUCCCGCCGUCGUCGAGCCCCGCCGCUCUCCUCAAGGAGGCCAUCCAUGUCAUCAGCUGCGGCUACGAGGACAAGACUGACUGGGGUUUAGAGCUGGGGUGGAUCUACGGGUCGAUCACGGAGGACAUCCUGACGGGGUUCAAGAUGCACUGCCGCGGGUGGCGGUCGAUCUACUGCAUGCCGAAGCUGGCGGCGUUCAAGGGGUCGGCGCCGAUCAACCUGUCGGACCGUCUCAACCAGGUGCUGCGGUGGGCGCUGGGGUCCGUGGAGAUCUUCUUCAGCCGGCACAGCCCGCUGCUCUACGGCUACAAGGGCGGCAACCUCAAGUGGCUCGAGCGCUUCGCCUACAUCAACACCACCAUCUACCCCUUCACCUCGCUGCCGCUGCUCGCCUACUGCACCCUCCCCGCCGUCUGCCUCCUCACCGGCAAGUUCAUCAUGCCGCCGAUUAGCACGUUCGCCAGUCUCUUCUUCAUCUCCCUCUUCAUCUCCAUCUUCGCGACGGGCAUCCUGGAGCUGCGGUGGAGCGGGGUGAGCAUCGAGGAGUGGUGGAGGAACGAGCAGUUCUGGGUCAUCGGCGGCGUGUCGGCGCACCUGUUCGCCGUCAUCCAGGGCCUGCUCAAGGUCCUGGCCGGGAUCGACACCAACUUCACCGUCACCUCCAAGGCCACGGGGGACGAGGACGACGAGUUCGCCGAGCUCUACGCCUUCAAGUGGACCACCCUCCUCAUCCCGCCGACGACGCUGCUGGUGAUCAACAUCAUCGGCGUCGUCGCGGGCAUCUCCGACGCCAUCAACAACGGGUACCAGUCGUGGGGCCCGCUCUUCGGCAAGCUCUUCUUCGCCUUCUGGGUGAUCGUGCAUCUCUACCCGUUCCUCAAGGGCCUCAUGGGGAGGCAGAACAGGACGCCCACCAUCGUCAUCAUCUGGUCCGUGCUGCUCGCCUCCAUCUUCUCCCUGCUCUGGGUCAGGAUCGACCCCUUCACCGUCAAGGCCAAGGGGCCUGACGUGAAGCAGUGCGGCAUCAACUGCUGAUCGCAUUAAGAGCUCUGGACAUUGUGCAUAGGAGAAGAACAAUUUGGACGCAAGUUUUGUAUUGUGGAUGUUUUUGUUCAUGCUAUGUUUUGUGUAAUAUUUUGGUGGCCAGAAAUGGUUUAAACAAGAAUUGAACAGCGGACCAGACUUUGGAUGUCAUGUCAAGCAAGAAUGAACAGCAUUCAUGUUUUUUA